AUGCUUAUAACCCUAAUAAUCUCAUCAUCUCUCACCAUUCAGCAUUCCACAGCUUCAUCCACCCCGCCGGCAUGCCCCCGCCGGCCGGACUUCCCCAAAGAAGCCCUCCCCACAAAAUCCGGCUACCUCCCGAUCAGCCCCAACUCCACCUCCGCCAUCUUCUACACAUACUACAAAGCCCAACAGAGCCCAAUCUCGCCCCAGCCCAAACCAACCCCAAUCCUGAUCUGGCUCCAGGGCGGCCCAGGCUGCUCCUCCAUGCUCGGCAACUUCUUCGAGCUCGGCCCAUACCUCGUCUCCGAGUGCAAUCCGGAUUCCAAAAACCAAACCCGCGUCGUUUUGAAACCCAACCCGGGUUCCUGGAACCGGAUCUUCGACCUGCUCUUCUUCGACAACCCGAUCGGAUCCGGGUUCAGCAUCGCCUCCGACCCGGGAGAGAUCCCUAAAAACCAAAACACCGUCGCCAAACACCUCUACGCAGCGUUGACCGGGUUCCUCGCGCUCGACCCGGAUUUCAGGACCCGACCCGUUUACAUCACGGGGGAAAGCUACGCCGGGAAGUUCAUCCCUUCAAUCGGAUACCACAUCCUGAAACGAAACGAAGAGUUACCCGUUUCGAAACGGGUGAAUUUGGCAGGGAUCGCAAUCGGAAACGGGAUGACGGAUCCGGUGAUCCAAGUCACAACGCACGCCGACACGGCUUAUUAUUUGGGGUUAAUCAACGAGAGGCAGAGGAAUGAGGUGGAAAAAGUUCAAACCAAGGCGGUUAAGUUGGUUGAAGCGAAGAAAUGGCGCCAAGCAGCGCGUGCUAGAAACAGAGUCCUCAGGUUGGUGAAGAACCUGACAGGUUUAGCGACCGAUUUCGAUUUCACCAGGAAACGGCCUUACAAGACCGGUUUGGUGACUCGAUUCCUCCGAUCGAAGGAUGUGAAGAGGAAGCUCGGGGCGAGGGAGUCGAUCGAGUUCGUGGGUUGCAACAGGACGAUUCGGAGCGGGUUCAGAGGGGAAGUGAUGAAGAGUGUGAAGAGGAAAGUGGAGGUUUUGGUGAAGAAGGUGGGGAAAGUUUUGCUGUAUCAGGGGAGCUAUGAUUUGAGGGAUAGCGUGGCGUCGAGCGAAGCGUGGAUUAAGACGAUGAAGUGGGACGGGAUCGAGAGGUUUUUGGUGGCGGAGAGGAAGGUUUGGAGGGUGCUGGGAAAUGGGGAUUUGGCUGGGUAUGUUCAGAGUUAUGGUGGGUUGAGCCAUGUUGUGGUGCUGGGAGCUGGGCAUAUGGUGCAGGCUGAUCAGGGUGUUAACUCUCAGGCCAUGAUUGAAGAUUGGGUGUUGGAGAGAGGAUUGUUUGGUGGGGAAGAAGAAGAAGAAGGUAAGGAAUUGCUGUCAUCGGAGUUGAAGAAGUCGAUGUGA